AAUUAUUGAUGGGGUGCAGACCGUAACAUUUUAAUACCUAACUUCCUCAAUUGAUGGUGGUCCUCAAUAUACGUGACGAUAUCUGUUUAUUGGAUCGCGCGGCAACGUGAACUUGGCAGUGAAAACCAUGUGUUCAACAGGAGGACUCAUGUAUCUUUUCGCUUUCAACACGUAACCUGCCAUGAGGAGAUACCACGAGUCGUGGCCUGGGCUUUUGUCGCAGCAACCCGAGAACCAUCAGGGCAUGGGCAACGACUCGAAAGAGUAGCUGCGUCGAAUUAUUCAUGAGCUUAGCACGCUGGUAUAUAGCUUCUGCUUCGCGAAUAUCAAGCUAUAAAUCUCAGGACCCCUCACCCUGGUCUUGAAAGAUAUUUAGUUCAACAUCAAGCUCAAAGAACAGCGAGGAAACCUCGAAACCUCUGUGUAUCGAAAAGUCCAGAGGGAAACUUAUUACGCGAUUGCGAUGAGCAGUGGAAGCGGCCACGACGCCGCCAUGCCGGGCAAAGAGCCUAGAUCUUCACAAAGGUCUAACUUGGUCAAGCGUGCUUGUGAUGCAUGCAAAAUAAGAAAGGUAAAAUGCUCAGAGACGUCGCCAUGCCGUGGUUGUAUUGCAAGUGGCAUAGCAUGUACAUUCAAGCGUAUGCAGGCGACGCGAGGGCCUCGGAGCUUGCGCGCAAAGACGAUCCAAAAGAUCUCAGCGGCGCAGGUUGGGGUAGGUAAUUGUGCUUUUGGCAGCUCCCCGAAUCAGAUCCCCAGCGAAGAACAGGCGCCCAAUACGCUGCCUUUCGACUUCGCAGAGCCGGUAUGCCCUCCAACGAAUGACAUGGCCAACCUAUUCCGGGCCUUGGAAAUUUAUCGUCAAAGACUUUACCCCAUAUGGCCUAUUAUCAAUGUGGAUGAGCUGCAUCAAGGCCUUGCUUCAGGCGACCCCCAUCUGCGUCUGCUGGCUAUUGCUAUCCGGCUUGCAACCAUUGCGCAACUGCGACUGGAAUCACUUUCUCCCGAUGAGGUGCCUCGGAUCAGCCUGGAAGAUCAGGACAACCAUCUGGACCUCAACGGAUUGCGUGUCGCAUUCUUCUUGCACAUAUACCACGAAAAUCAGACAGCUGGCGGCGGGAAGAGCUUGCUUUACCUCAGACAAGCUAUCACAAUCGCACAGAUGAUGCGCUUAGAGCGGGAAGCCUCCUGCACUGGACUAGCUGAAGGAGAGCAACAGAUGCGGCGGCGCAUCCUUUGGUUACUUUUCGUUACGGAGAGAGGUGUUGCAAUGCUUCAUAAGCUUCCUGUCGUCUUGAAACCUGCCAUAAUGUUUCCCACUCCUGCUGGAGACGAUCAAGCUCAUGUGUUACCUGCCUUCCUCAAGUUGGUGAACCUCUUCUGGGUAUUUGACCAGUCUGGUAUCUUCGAGAUAUUGCAAAACUCCGAUACAGAUCUUUCGAAUAUGACGUCUACAGCUCAGGGAUGUCUCGGACUGUUGCAAACGCAUUUGCAAGAUAACGCUGUGGAUUUUGAAUCGAGCAACGACGUGCAGAAAGCCGAUAUCUUCGUGACGCGACAGUGGAUGAGAGCUGUCCUUUGGCGUGCUGCUGCUAGAUUUGGAAUGGCUACUAUGGCCAGCAGCCCAAUACGAAUUGCGAAGGAACUUUUGAGCUUUAUGUCACAGUUGCCCAAAACUGCUAUCGAGGCACACGGUCCAACAAUGGAAUUCAAGACCUACGAUAUCGCGACAGCAGUUAUCGAUGCUGUAAUAAGCAAUAUUUCCGUCAGUCCAUCCGAUCAUCCCGAGGAAAUCUUGUUAGGACUUCAGAGAAUUUUGUCCUCUUCUCGUGGUGGUAACAAGCCGUUAGUCGCCUCUCUUUAUCUGAGGAUGGCGGCUAUCGCACCCAGUCCACGAUUAGGUUUGGAUGGCGAUGAUCGCAUUGAAGAGGCAAUUGAGAAAACUACUCAACAUAUUAACGACAGCCCUUCUUUGGGCUCUCUCCUACUACCUUCAGCGUGGGCUGAGUUAGAAGAUAUCCUAGCACACACCAACAUACUGAAGCCGACGGGUUCGAGUACGCCCAAUUAUCACUCUCUUGACCAGCAAAAUCAGCAGAUGUCAUGGCCGCCGCUGGACUUCAGUACACCGCUCGUGAGAACUCCUUCGCCGCUAACUCGCAUGAUUUUCGAGCAUAUCACGAGCAAUAACGAGGACAUAUUAGCAGGAUCGACAACCGAGUGGACCGCAUCUGGUUCUUGAAACUAAAUGCAAUUUCAAAAAGAGCAGAAAUCAUGCAUCCUACCCUGUUCGGAUCAACAAUUGAUCCACGAAUAGCCACAGGUAUUAGCAAGACCUAACUUGGGUACCUGCGCGAUACUGGCCAACGGAAUCCAUGUAAGACAGUAAUUCACCCUGGCCG